AUGCCUUCCAUCCUCAAAAGGAUUGGCAAGCUGUGCAGGGCUCAGCCGGUAAGACAAAUAUCCAUAACCUCUCGUGGUAAGCUGAUCCAUCCGGAUGAGCUCUUUGCCUACACAAACGGUCAUUUUCUUGUUGAUGAGCCGCGCCAGCUAGCACGACGCUAUGUCAGUUUCAACCUCGAUGCUCUGUGCAGCAUUGCAGCGGGCGCCGGCGGAGUAUCAUCUCCGAUAACCGCCAUUGAGAAGAUGGAGGGUGGCUUCAGCAAAGCCUUUCUGAUGAGAAAGCAAAAUGGAGAGGAGGUCAUUGCAAAGAUCCCAUGUCGAAAUGCUGGACCAUCAGUACUCACAACCGCGUCAGAAGUCGCGGUUUUGGAAUACGUACGGCAUCAUACGAGCAUCCCGGUACCGCGGGUCUUUUGUUGGGAUUCCGAUAGCUCAAAUUCCGUUGGCGUUGAGUACCUGAUUAUGGAAAAGGCCCCUGGAAUCCCGCUUUUCCAGCGAUGGGGCGAGAUGCCAGAGCUUGCGAGGAUGGAGUUGAUCAAAAACCUGACUAAACUUGAGUCUGAGCUAUCAGCUAUUCGGUUUCCGGCAUAUGGUGGUUUAUACCUCUGCUCUUCUGACGCUCAUCCCUUGGACAGCUUCCCUCUUGACCACAGUAUUGAUCCGUCAAAAUCUUACUACCUAGGAUCAACAUGUGAUCGUUCGUUUCAUUUUGACAAGGGAGAAAAGGCGCCUAGGCCCAAUAUCAAUGCCGGUGUUAACAGCGGACCAUGGUCUUCUCUCUCAGAGCUUGGAAUAUCUAUUGCGAGGCGGGAAAUUCUCCGCAUUACUCAGAACCCACCUGAGACAAAGGGCACUUUUCAUCACGGAACCGUCGAAGAACAGAUACAUCUUCUAGAAAUCGCCAUUCCGGUAAUGCAGCAGUUAGACUCCCAUCCCAUUCUGUCUCAAUUCUCGCAACCCGUCUUGUGGCAUACCGAUCUGCAUAUGGGGAAUAUUUUUGUUUCUAGCAACGACAAUUCAAAGGUUGUUUCAUUAAUUGACUGGCAGUCCUCCUCGAUACUUCCUGCAUUUCUCCAAGCGCAAUGGCCAGAUUUUCUGAAGCCUCCUCGAAAGUACGUCAAAGGGUUUGUUCAUCCUAAACUUCCGGAGAACUUUGACGAACUGGACGAAGAGAGCAAGAGCAUUGCGCUCUACGAGUGGAAUCAGGCGAAGAUGACAAAAGCGUACGAAGUUUCGAACUAUCUAGAAAACAGGGCGGCUCACAAUGCGAUGAAUGCCCCUCCCGUGUUUAAGGAGCUGUUCGUUCGCUGUGGAGAGACAUCAGAAUUUGGAGUUCUUCCUCUCCGCGAGUGCUUGAUAGAAAUAUCCCUGAAUUGGACGUCCUUGGGAUUUGAGGUGAAUUCGAAGGAAUAUGAAUCGUGGCACAGAAUUCAGCAACUUGCGAGGGAUUGUCUGGAUACCGACGAGGAUGGAUGGAUAGCACCGGAUCUAGACAUUGUGGAAAAGCGUAGGAAAAACCGCGAACUACUAGCCAUGCUGGUUGAGCAAAUGGCUGGCGAGAAAUCACCCGAGGAGGCCAGGAGGAUGUGGCCGUAUCCUGACGGAAACUGA